CGCUUGCGCCUGCGACUCCGCUCCGCUGGGGCUGCGGGGCGCGGGCGCCGGGAGCGCGCCUGCUCGGUCGCUCGCGCAGCCGCGGGGACUCAGUGGAAACGGAAGGCGAGCCAGGGCGGAACGCGGGAAGCAUGAGGAAAGGGGCUUCCUGCGAGCGGAAACCGGCGUGGAUGCCGACGGGGAAGGCGGGAGCACCGAAUGGAUUUCUUAUGGAAAUAUGUGUAGAUUCAGUGGAGUCAGCUGUGAAUGCAGAGAGAGGAGGUGCUGGUCGGAUUGAAUUAUGUGCUGGUUUACUAGAGGGAGGAAUCACACCCAGCAUGGGUAUUCUUCAAGUAGUAAAACAAAGUGUCCAGAUUCCAGUUUUUGUGAUGAUUCGACCACGGGGAGGUGAUUUUUUAUAUUCAGAUCGUGAAGUUGAAGUGAUGAAGGCUGACAUUCGUCUUGCCAAGCUUUAUGGUGCUGAUGGUUUGGUAUUUGGGGCAUUGACUGAAGAUGGACACGUUGACAAAGAGCUAUGCAUGUCUCUUUUGGCUCUUUGCCGUCCUCUGCCAGUCACUUUUCACCGAGCCUUUGAUAUGGUUCGUGAUCCAAUGGCAGCUCUGGAGACCCUCUUAACCCUGGGAUUUGAACGUGUUUUGACCAGUGGAUGUGACAGUUCAGCUCUGGAAGGACUGCCUCUAAUAAAGCAGCUCAUAGAUGAGGCCAAAGGCAGGAUUGUGGUGAUGCCAGGAGGUGGCAUAACAGAUAAAAAUCUGCAAAGGAUCCUUGAGGGUUCAGGUGCUACGGAAUUCCACUGUUCUGCUCGGUCUUCUAGAGACUCAGGAAUGAAGUUUCGAAAUUCCUCUGUUGCAAUGGGAGCUUCACUUGCUCAUUCAGAAUAUUCUCUAAAGGUAACAGAUGUGACGAAAGUAAGGACUUUGAAUGCUAUUGCAAAAGAUGUCCUAGUUUAGUUAAGGCUCCUCUGAGAGACAUGGAUAUCAGAGUGUGCAGGCAGAAUUAGAACCUUCAGUUCUCCACGUGGCCAUGGAGUACGUUGCUAAGAAGAAAAAAAAAUUGGAACGGCAAUGCACUCAUUUUCUUUGCUAGUCAUUUCUGUCAUCGUGGCUAAAUUUGGUCUGUGCUUCUUCCAUGGAGAGAGGCUUAGUCAGUUUUCAGUGGAAUUAACUGAUAAACUGGCAAAGUUCAACGACAAGGUAUGAAAUCAGAGUUUGGUUAGGAUCAAUUAGUACUUUUUUGCCUUUUCAUUUGUAAAAUAAAAAUUCUUAUUGUGUUA